GAGGAGGCCGAGCAGAAGCGUCGGCUGGAUGCUGCCAUUGCAGCCGCGCGAGAGGAAGAUGCGAGGAGACAGGAACGUGAGGAGGAAAUGUUAAACGACGGGCAGGAUAGAGCUCGAGAAGACGAAGGUGUCCAGCUGGAUGAGGACGAUUCGCAAGAAGUGUCUCCGGCUGAGUGCAUCGCUGAGCAGCACAUUGUGAACGCCUGGCGCCGGACGCAGGAACAACAAGUGCGCAAGGAACUCAUGGCGCAGGAGGUGGAGGAGGAGGGCGCGUCCAUGUCAAAGCAAAUGUCAAAGCAAAUGUCAAUGCAAAUCGAUGUGAACAUCAGUGACAUCCAGGGGCCUUUGAGGACCAUCAAGGCGGAGAGGAGUUGGUUAGUCGCCGACAUCAAAAAGAUCCUAGAACGUACGGAGAAGAUACACCGUGGGCGACAGCGGCUCUUGCUAGGGGAUGGUGACGUGGAUGAUCUUCAACCCUUGAUGAACUUGGCCCAUUCUGGGCCAUUGAAUUUCGUUUUGGUAGUGUGUAUGGACAAGCAUUACAGGAUAGACCUCUUUAUGGAGGCGUUCCAGGUUAGCUGGCGUGUCCUGCAAUUUGCGUCUGCAUCCAUCCGUGCGAACCCAAAGAUCAUCAAACUGGCUCUGCAGAAGGACUGGCAUUCGCUUGCUUUUGCUGCUCCAUCCCUUCGAACUGACUAUCGAAUGGCAAGGCUUGCUGUGAAACGAAGCGGCUUGGCCUUGGAGGUUCUUACACCAGAGAUGCGCAAUGAUCGACCCUUGGUGCUGAUGGCCGUGCAACAGGACUGCAAGGGCUCCUCCUUGCUAGACUGGCAGUGCAACUUCUUCUUAAGCCUCCGCACAACUCUACUUUGCAGUAAAUACUUGCUGUUGCAGAAGUUGAAGGGUGACUCCGCUAUACACUCAGCUAGGACUGGCAAGCCUUGAAGUUUGCAUCGCUGCGUCUCAGGGGAGAUCCAGGUGUUGUUAUGGAAGCUGUGAGGCAAAGCAUCGGAGCAUUGGAGUUUGCGUCUCAAAAGCUUCGGGGUGAUCGCUCUCUCAUGCUUUUGGCAGUCAAGAGAGACGGUGGCGCGCUGCGUUUUGCGUCCUCGAAGUUGCAGGCUGAUGUGGAUUUGGUCAUCGAGGCUUUGCGGCAAGACGGCAAAGCCAUCGUGCACGCAGCACCAGAGGUGCGGGCAGAUCCUAAACUUCACGCUGCGAUGAAAGGAAACUCUGAGGUCUUGCGCUUCUUGGGCUUCGACAGCAGAGACCGCCUCAGCACUGAACAGGAACUCUUUGACGCGUACAUGGGAAGUUGGACUUCGCCAUACGACGAUGCUACGAUCGCCGCGGUCUUGCGGCGCCAUCGAUAGCUCACGGGGACCUACUGGCGCUCACAUGUGCACCAAAGUGUGCUGACGGAGCGCUGUGCUCGAGCCAAAA